UCUUCGCCUCACACCAAUUCAUCUCAUUUCGUAGUGUUUCCAACAUACAGAAUUACUGUCUAACAAAAUGUCUUCAUCAAAGCUUCCUUCUUCAACUCAUGGAUCCAUGUCCAACCAGAAGCGUCCCACAGCCAAGUUUCAUCCUAGCGUUUGGGGGGAUAUUUUCCUUUCAUCUCCAACAACGAACGUUGAUGCUAAAACUAAACUGCAACAUGAAGAACUGAAAGAAGAAGUAAGGAGGAUGAUUAAGGUAGUGAUGGAUGAUGAGUUGCUCUACAAAUUGCGUUUAAUUGAUACAAUCAAACGGUUGGGUGUGAGUUACCAUUUUGAAAGAGAGAUAGAGGAAGUAUUGCUCAAUAUUUAUGAGCAUGACUAUAAGGAUGACCAAACUCUCGAGACUACUUCUCUUCAAUUUCGGUUGCUUAGAGAGAAGGGAUUGGGUGUCCCUUGUGAAUGGUUCAACAAGUUCAAAGAUGAUGAAGGAAACUUUAACAUGUCCUUAACAAGUGAUGUGAAAGGCUUACUAGAAUUGUAUGAAGCUUCAUAUUUACGUGUGCAUGGGGAAGAUAUACUUGAAGAAGCUCUUGGUUUCACCACCACUCAUCUUGGUUUAGCCAAAGCUGCUGAGACUAUCGAAUAUCCCCUUUCAGCCUUAGUCUCCCAUGCUCUAUACCAACCCAUCCGCAAGGGCUUGUCAAGGUUGGAGGCUAGGCGAUUCAUUUCCUUUUACCAAGACGAUCCUUCACAUAACAAAACGCUAUUGAAGUUUGCAGAGUUGGAUUUCAACUUGUUACAAAUUUUACACAAGGAAGAGCUAAGCAAGAUCUCAAGGUGGAAUAAUGGUUUAGACUUAGCUACAAAACUACCUUUUGCUCGAGAUAGAUUGGUAGAAGGUUACCUUUGGGUAUUAGGAGUGUAUUUUGAGCCACAAUACUCUUUUGCUAGGGAGAUAUUAGCAAAAACAAUUGUCAUGAUAACAAUAAUGGAUGACACAUAUGACUCAUAUGGCACACUUGAAGAACUUCAACUCCUCAAGAAUGCAAUCCAGAGGUGGGAUGUUGAUUGUAUAGAUCAACUCCCAGAAUACAUGAAGUUGUUUUACAAGCCAUUGUUAGAUUUUUAUGGAGAAGAGGAAGAGGCAAUGAUUAAGCAAGAAAAAUUAUAUCGUGUCAAAUAUGCGAAAGAUACAUUUAAACAAGUGAGUGAAGCUUAUUUUGUGGAGGCGAAAUGGUAUAAUGAAAACUAUGUUCCAACAAUGAAGGAGUAUAUGAGAAACGCAGUUGUAACUGCUGGUUAUAUCAUGUUAAUCGUCACAUCUUUUGUUGGAAUGGGAGAUUUUGUGACACCUAAAAUGUUUAAUUGGGCAUCUAACAACCCUAAAAUCAUUGAUGCUUCUUCCAUUAUUGCUCGUCUCAUGAAUGAUGUUACUUCACACAAGUUUGAGCAAGAGAGAGGGCACUGUGCAUCGGCUGUUGAAUGCUACAUUAGAGAACAUGCAGUUUCAGAAGAAGAAGCAUGUAGUGAAUUGAUGAAGCAAGUGGAGAAUGCUUGGAAAAAUAUAAACCAGGAAUUGAUAUUUAGUGAGAUAUCCAAAGUUGUUCCAGGGCCGGUUCUUACACGAAUUCUCAAUUUUACAAGGGUCAUCGAUUUCCUUUACAAGAAUGGAGAUGGGUACACACAUGUUGGGAAAAAAACAAAAGAUGGAAUAACUUCUUUGCUCAUUGAUCCAAUCUCAGUCUCUUAUUGAGGAAUUAAGAAUCUAUAUUAUCUAGCAAUCCAUUUCGUGUGUAUUGCUGUUAUAUGUUAUAUAGUAUUUAAGAUGUUAUUUAAAUCCUAAUAUCUCAAUAAUCCAUAGUGUAUGUUUGUGUCACUUUUAUGUGUCAUUUUAUGUUUGAGGUGUUAUAUCACCUCAAUAAUUUAUGGUAUAUUUAUGUUACUCUUUUGUACUAUUUUUAUGUCAUAUUUCAAUAAAUUUUCAGUUCUCAUGA